AUGCGUGCGCUGCACGCUAACCGGCUCAAGCUGGUCCCCGGCCCUGCUGACGUGGCGGGCCACCCGCGCAAGUGGUCCCCACCGCCGCCGCAGGACGGCAUCCCAUUGGACGAGCGCCCCGAGUGGCUGCGCGACGAGGCGCUGCCGUUUCUGGAGCUGUUCGCGCGCAACGUGAGGAAGUUUCCGAGCAAGGCGGCGGUGACGUGGGUGGAAGAGAAGGGCGCGAUCAAGCAGUCGUACACCUAUGAGGAGCUGAAGAGGGACGUGGAGAAACUCAACCCUUCCCCCUCCUUUCUUCCCUCCCCCCUUCUGUCCACCCUCGUUCCUGACGGUGCUGCAGGAGUGAUCGCGGUGCCAGUGUACCCGCCCAACCCCCGUGAGCUGAAGAGGGACGUCGAGACGCUCACUCGUUCCUCGCCCUUCCCCCUCACUCCCCCUUCUGUCCACCCUCUUUCCUCUCGUGCUGCAGGGGUGAUAGCGGUGCCAGUGUACCCGCCCAACCCCCGAGAGCUGAAGAAGGACGUGGAGAAGCUCACUCGCCUUGUCAACGACUGUGGGGCGCGCAUUGUGCUCUCCACGUCCGAGUAUCGCUCCAAGAUCCGCCUGUCACUGCUGAAGCUCGUGCGCUGGCCAGGAGAGCACUGGUACAACACCGACGGCAUCAAGCCUCUCAGCCGCAACGCGGACGAGAAUGGCAACAGCAGCAGCAACGAGAAUGGCACUGGCAGUAGCAGCAGCGGUGAUGAUGAGAUCGCGUUUCUGCAGUACACGUCCGGGUCGACUGCGGAUCCCAAGGGCGUCAUGAUCACGCACACCAACAUCGCCCAUAAUGUCAUGUUCAUCCGCAGGACCCUUCGCAUGCAUUCCGGGAUCCGCUUCUUCAGCUGGCUUCCUCAGUACCACGACCUGGGGCUGAUAGUGGCGUAUCUGAGCACGCUCACAGCGGGCGGCAGUGGCGUGUACAUGUCGCCCAUCGACUUCAUCCACCGCCCCGCCUCCUGGCUGCAGUGGAUGAGCCGCCUCAAGAUCACCCACACAGCAGCACCUAAUUUUGCUCUCAACCUCGCCACGCGCAAGUUCGUCCCCUCCAGAGAUGCAGCCCUGCCCGCCCCCUUCCUCUCCGCCUCCCUCCCACCCUCCUCCUUCCCCACCCCUCCCAACCCCUCUUCCUCCCCCUCCACCGCUCUCAACCCAUCGGCUGCGCUUCCCACCACUCUGGACCUCUCGUCGCUGGAGUGCUUUCUGAACGCGGCCGAGCCGGUGCGGCCAGAGGCGAUAGAGCGGUGGAAUGCGGUGCUGGGGCGGUACGGGUGGGACCCGUGCGGCAUGUGCCCGUGCUACGGGCUGGCAGAGCAUGUGGUUGGCGUGUCAGGGUGGGGCAGCAAGCUGCUGCAUCUCCCAGACAUCAUCCUCCACAGCAGCGGUCACCUCGCCACGUACCCAGUGGACGGGCGGGUGGUCAUCGUCAACCCCGAGACAAGGGAGGAGUGUGCUGAGGGUGAGGAGGGCGAGAUCUGGGCGCGCAGCUGCCACGUGGCGCGUGGCUACUGGGGCAAGCCGGAGCUGUCAGAGGAGACCUUCCGGGCGCGAAUGAAGGAAGGUGCACCGGGCUCGGACAGUGGAGCCUAUCUGCGCACGGGGGAUCUGGGGCUGGUGGUGGCGCAGCAGCUGUUCAUCACAGGGCGCAUCAAGGACCUCAUCAUCGUGGGCGGCAAGAACUACUACCCGCAGGACCUCGAGCUGACAGUGGAGGCCGUUUCAGACAGCAUCCGCCCCGGCUGCUGCGCUGCCUUCAGCGUGAACAAGAUGAGCCACGGGGCGGCAGCGGGCGGCAAGAAAGGGACAGCAGACAAGGGAGAGGAAGCAGGGGAGAAGGGAGAGGAGGAGGAGGUGGUGGCAGUGGUGGUGGAGGUGAAAGCGGUGGCGCAGGAGGGGUGGUGGCGGGGAGGUGGAGGAGGGGGGAGCGGGGAGGGUGGGUUGACGAAGCAGCAGAUGAAUGAGCUGGCGGGGGAGAUUCGGAGCGCGGUGGUGCGCGCGCAUGGCGUCAUGCCCGCCAUUGUGGCUAUCAUCCCGCCCCGCACGAUCCCCAAGACCACGAGUGGCAAGAUUCGGCGUAAGGAGACGAGCCACCGACUCACUGCAGGGGCACUGAACGUGCUCAACAGUAACUCGCACAUGGAGGGAGGCGCAGGAGAGACCAUUGAGAGUCUGCACUCUAUUCCCGAGCCUUCUGAGUCGAAGGGAGGAGAGGAGGACGUGGUGGUUAUCGAGGAGGAAAGCUCUGCUGAGGUGGCUCGGAAAGAGGUGCUGAUUGGCCAAGAGGAGAGUGAAAGUGGGGAAAGGGAGGAGGCAGCAACCAGCAAGAAGGUGGAUGAGGAGGAUGAGGGACAGGUGGAAGGAAAAGGGAUGACUCAGGAAACAGCUGUGGAGGUGGAGGGAGGGGAAGCUGGAGAUGGGGCGAGUGUUGCUGCAGCAGCUACUGUAGUAGAUGCAGGAGCAGGGGUGCGGACUGAGGGAGCAGAUGAAGUAGAGGAGGAAGCAAAUGUAGUGGCACCACUGGCAGUGGCAUCAGAAGCAGCAGCAGCAGCAGCAGCAGCAGAGGGCGAGGUGGCAGGGGCAAAGGAUGGGCAGGGCAAAGAUGCAGAAGGGGAUGGGGCUGCGGAAGCUGAGGAGGAUGUUGGUGCGGCCAAGUGGGAUGGCAUGGGUGUGGAGGCAGCUGUGAAGGCCAUCAUGGGGAUCCAUGACCUGGAGAUUGCCGGAGAGCCACUGCUGAUCGACAUAGGCCUCACGUCCAUGAAUGGCAUGGAGGUGCUCGAGCUGCUUGAAAGGCGCUGUGACCGCAGACUUGUUGUCGAUGACAUGGAGCGACUCACCAUUGGACAUUUGCGCCGGCUGGAUCAGGGCAUUCCUCUCCCUGACACAUUCGAGAGUGAUGAUGAGGAUGAGGAUGAAUGA